AUGUUACUAGAUGUAGUUCAACGAGGUUGAAGUUAGUAACGUUACCCUAACGAAACAUUGGGGAGAAAGCACUAUUUUACUAUUCUUACAAUGGCUUUAAAAAAACUAAGUUUGUAAAAUAUGAGUAUGUUUUGUUUCGUUGCGGUAUGCUGGGUUCUAAACAAUUCUAAAAUCGCAAAAUAAUGGAUUUUCCGCAACAUGAAUUGUUACGAUAACGUUACUACUUGUGUGUUAAAAAUUUCAAAUCGGUCCACCUGCUAGCUUCUGAGAAUAAAUAUGUGCACGAUUCAAAAAAUAUUGUUUUGUGAGAACAACUCUCAUAACUUUAGAAAUUUUGCGAAUUGAAUCUUAAUCUGCAUAUUUUUACGAUCCUGUACUAUGAGAACAAGAAAUUUUUAAAAAUCUAUUUUUUUCCUACUAUAGUAACAUAAUAGUAAUACCCUCUCAAUUCUUCAGGAUAUCUCAGACCUCCAAAGAUGUUGCAAGUUGGUAAAGUUGUAUUUGUACUCGAACAGUAUCAGCGAAAUACCGAACAUGUUGAACAGUACGGAAUUGAAAUUGUUAUCGCUAUCUGGAAAUAACAUUUCUCAUCUCGAGGUGAAUUAUGAAUAGUCCUCCAGCCGGCUGCAGCUCGAAGUUAGAAUUUAAAAACUGACGCGUAAUUGUGUCUUCAGAAUUUUUACAGUAUGCCAAAGCUACAAGAACUGUACUUGGCAAAUAAUAAAAUAAAAAAGAUUGGGGAUAGCUUUCUGCAAAAUCCGCGUUUGUCCUUCAUAAAUUUAGCUGGAAAUACUUUAUAUCAGUUACAGGUAUAACAUCCAUCCCCGUAAACAUUGGAUUAUUUUGGUGGAAGGUAUCGCAAUCAAUUGUGAAAUAAUUUUUAUUCCAUCUUGCUGAAACAGGACGUUCAAAAUCUUUCCUUCCUCCCGGGUCUGCAGUCCGUCAUUUUUGCUGAUCCAAUGUACGGCGAGUGUCCUAUAGUCUCGUUGUCCAUCUACCGAUAUUUUGUUAUAAACUAUCUUCCUACCUUGAAUGAAUUGGAUCACUACCCGAUCACCAGCGAGGAACGUUCUUACGUAACGGAAUUUUUCAAGUACCCACAUUUUAUAGAUUUCAUUUCAUAAAUCCGACGUUUGGUAUUAGAUCAGUACACAUUGAAAAUAUUGUUGCGAGUAAAAUGAUGUUUUAUAACAUGCUGUGGCACAAGUAUUUGGACAAUUUUACAAAGUCUGUUAAGGAACAUUUCACGGAGAGCAGGCAGAGAAUCCGAGAGUAUCGAGAAGAUAUUUACAUGGCUAAGCUGGGACAGCUACCGGUUGGGUCUUACAAGUUGAACACAUCAUGAAAAUCUUGGAAAUAAUGUUUUUAAAAAUAUCUGACAUUUCAUAAUUUACUGUCACAAUAGAUCAAUACAAAUAACCAGGUUGCCAUGAUAUCAGGAGAAUUGUUAUUCCAUGAGAUUUUGCAAGAGAUAUACUCUGAUGUUGACGCCUAUGACGCUUUAGAAGAGCAAUGGAUAAAGAAUGCCAAAAUUGACUUUGAAAUGUUGCAGCGACAAUUGAGCAUAACAGUCCAUCAUUGUGGCACUAUGAACUUCAUCCAGUAUAUGCCAGGUGCAAGAAAUGCACUUGUUCAAAUAUGUCAGGAUAUAUGCAAUGAUUCGCUUUGUCCCACUGCGAAACAGGAUCUAGGAAUAACAGGUGUCCACGUUCAUUGUGUGACAAAAGUUGUUAAUAACGAAACCGACACAUUGCGCUUGUAUAAUUACUUGCAUGAAAGUAGGACGGAUGAGGAACGGUCGGACUCUGUCUUUACAUUUUUAGUGAAACCUGUCGAAGUUGUGGGGCUUGAAAAGUGGCCUUUCGAUGUCUUUGAACAAGAAUUCUUUGAUGAGGUAACUCGUCAACUUUUCGUACUAUACGACAGUUGUCGGAUGUGUGUAAAAAGGAUUGGCUGUUUGAUGAUUGUAAGGCACGGCAUUUGGUGUUCGCAAAUGUAACGUAUCGUAUACAAAAUUGAAAAGAAUCAUUUUUACUUGGUAGAGAGAAAUAAUAACCAGCGAUUGUCUUGCCGCUGCUGAUGCUGAAUGGGUAGCCAGAAUUUCCUCGAAGCAAAAGUCUUCAAUUCUGCCAUUAUAUUCAUCCAAUGAACACCGAAUAGCAAUACUCGUUCAACUUCCACUCUCUGUGCUGACGACGAAGUAAUAGUUCAACUUUCAUUCAUGCUCACUGCAUUUAGCCCAUAUUACAAUACCAGACGGGAAGUCUAUACGAUUGUUAUUAAUGUGCCGUUUGCUAAAUAUUCUGUAAGGGUCGAAAAACAGGACAAUUAUCACAGGAUGCAUUUGGGCUUCAACGAGAAUACUUGUCGGUGUCUGUCCAUUGUAAAUCCCGAACACGCGAAGCCUGUUUUUGCCGUGGAGUAUGAAUAUAUCUUCGAGAAUGGGUCUGAAAAGGAUAUAUCCAAGAAACCUCGCAGUCAAGUGACUCAAUCAAAUCCAUCGAAUACUUGGCCAAAUUUAGACUUUGAUAAUUUACCCAAGUGUUUGAGUUUGACGGAACUUGAGGUUUACGAACUGCAAAUAAUUGAUCUCUGUGGUCGCGGUAUCAACAAACUGGGCGCUAUGAUUGAUUUGCCAAAUUUGAGAGAACUAAAUCUCAGUUACAACAAACUAACUGCGGUGCCAGACUCGUCUAUGUUGAAACAUGUCAGAAAAUUAGACGUCAGUUUUAAUGAAAUUCAAUCAUUUGAAAUGGACACAUGUCUACCACUGUUGGAAAGCUUGAACGCUGCAUGGAACAAUGUUUCCGGAUUUAUCGAGUCCUUGGAAUCUCUUAAAACUAUCACUCCAAACUUGAUUAUGCUCAAUGUCAAGCACAACCCAUUCAAAGACGUUAUGGAGACAGAAGCCACGUCUUCACUAGCGCAGGCCGCUAUGCCGUCAUUAAAGUGUUUCAACGGAGAGAUAUUUUGUCAUACUCUUCAUGCAGAAUAUGCCAAUCAACAUCCUUGGAUAAUCGAUCAUUUUGAAAUGGCAGACUUGGACAAGUCGAGAGCCAUUAAGAAUAAUCUGGCGCGUGUCAUUUCAGAACCUAAUAAACGUUUGACCUCGCCGUUGCUAAUUAAUGACACACAAUUGGAAAACGUUCAAUACGCCAACUUGGUGGACAAUCAAUUGAGUAGCGUGGAAUUCAUUGCAGAAUUUCAACAGCUGAGAGAGAUUUAUUUGGCGAAUAAUCUGUUGACAAAAAUUUUACUCCACAAGUGUGCAAAUAAUUUGACUAAGCUCAGUCUCUGCUGCAACUUUGUCGUGAAAAUGGAUGGGAUAAUACAGGAAAAUCUUCCAGUUCUGAAAUACCUUGACUUGUCCAAUAACCUGAUUACGUCAUUGAUUUCAAUGGGUGUUUUUCACACUUUGACCGAAUUUUAUUGCUCUCAUAAUAAUAUCAGUACACUUUCCGAAGUAUGUAACCUGAAGAAUUGGACUGGGCUAAAAAUGGUAGACAUAUCAAGUAAUCCAAUUGAUUCCACGGGUUUGUGCAAGAAGUUUAUAAUAUUCCACAUAUCCAAGGUCGAAGUAAGAUAAUUAACACUUGAUGGUUUCUCCGUAAAAAAUCUGCUAUUCAAAUUGACUGUUCGUGAUCAGCUCUGAUUAUUUUCAUUGUAUUACGGUAUUUACAGAGUCAUUACAACGCAGUUACAAUAUUGAUAUCAUAACACCACAUGCAUACUUUUUCCCAUUUUUAAAAUUGUCAGCUUUUUACGUUCGCUAGUCUGCGAAUUUGCAUUAUUAUCUCUGUAGGGUGAAAUUCUUGCCAUCAUAUUUCAGUUGCUAUCUGCCGCAUUUAAAAGUUUACGCAACAGAAUUGUUCCGAAACGCUUAUAGUUGAUUUGUGGAAUUCUUAAGAGAUUAACUCUUAAUUCUUCAUGAUUAGUAUGUUGGUGGUGAGUGUGUGACCAGUUCGGAUAUAUCAGAAGCGAAUCAAACAUUUGGGGGUUCUUUGGACAAGGACACGAUUGUGAACAUGCCCAAUGUCGGUAAUCUGCAGAAUCUCAAGCAGCUCAGCAUCACUAACUGUGCGAUAAAAAAAGUAUUUGAGAUAACUUCCGAACGCUUACAAAAUUAUGUAUCAAUUGUGUGGUCGAAAGAAGUCUUGGAUUCUCUGAAAUUUCUCUAACCGAUGGUGGUUGCAGGUGAAUCUGACGGAGGAAGUCCUACCCAAUCUUGAGAGUUUGGAUCUUCGACAGAACCAAAUCACAACUUUGUGGGGUCUCCAUAGUCUGAUAAAGUUGCAAACAUUAAGUCUGAGCCACAAUCAAGUUGGGAAAUCGAUGACUAUUUGUCAGAAAGAUACUGUCAUGCCCAAACUUUUAUUCCCCAAUUUGAUUACUCUGU